AUUUAUGAAGAUGAAAAAAAAGUGAAGUGAAGGAAAACGAGUUUGAGUGUUGAUGAUGGCGUUGUCGUGUCUCACGCUGAGUGUGAACCCUUCUUCCAUUAUCAAAUGCAAGACGUCCAUCAACACCCAAUCCCACGCGCUAGACGCCGCUCACGUCCGACGCGCCGUCCUCCUGGCCGACAAAUCCGCCGGUUUCACUUCCCCCCACCCUAACUUCGGCUGCGUCAUCGUCACCCCCGGGGGUGACGUUGCCGGCGAAGGCUACCUCUACGCGCAAGGCACCACCCCCGCGGAAGUGCAGGCGGUGGAGGCCGCUGGCGAACGGUGCCGCGGCGCCACCGCAUACCUGAACAUGGAACCCGGAGACUGCCACGGCGACCACUCUGCUGUGUCUGCUCUGCUUCAGGGAGGGAUCAAAAGGGUUGUGAUUGGAAUGAGGCAUCCGUUGCAGCAUCUACGUGGCAAUGCUGUGCGUGCUCUCAGAACCCAAGGAUUGCAUGUUGAUCUUCUUGGAGAGGAUCUCACUUGUAAACUCGUAGAGGAUGCCCAGAAAGCAUGUCUUCUUGUCAAUGCACCUUUGAUUUGUAGAGCUGCUUCGCGAGUUCCCUUUUCUGUUCUCAAGUAUGCUAUGACCCUUGAUGGAAAAAUUGCGGCUAGCACUGGUCAUGCAUCAUGGAUAAGCAGCAAGCAAUCUAGAAAUCUGGUUUUUGAGCUACGAGGUAGAAGUGAUGCUGUUAUUGUGGGAGGAAAUACAGUUCGGAGGGACAAUCCGAGACUGACAGCCAGACAUGGAGGUGGGCAUAUGCCAAUUCGCAUUGUAAUGACCCAGACUCUUAAUCUUCCGGAGGAAGCAAACCUAUGGGACAUGUCUGAGGUUUCUACCAUAGUUGUGACACAAAGGGGUGCAAGGAGGAGUUUUCAGAAGCUGCUUGCAUCUAAAGGAGUUGAGGUUGUGGAGUUUGACAUACUAAAUCCCCGAGAAGUUAUGGAGUACUUUCAUGAUCGUGGAUAUCUUUCUAUUUUAUGGGAAUGUGGAGGAACAUUGGCUGCAUCUGCUAUUUCAUCUGGAGUAAUUCACAAGGUUUUUGCAUUUGUUGCUCCAAAAAUUAUUGGCGGAAAGAAUGCACCAUCUCCAGUGGGUGAUCUUGGGAUGGUUGAGAUGUCACAAGCUUUAAAUCUAAUUGAUGUUUGCUACGAGCAGGUUGGACCUGACAUGCUUAUUAGUGGAUUUCUUCAGCCGUUACCAGAUAUAGUACCUGUAAUCCCAUCACUUGAUGAAACUUUUGUUGUUGAUCCUACCGUUUCACCAUAUGAAUCAAGCAUCAUAUUUUUCUAUAAAACAUGGGAUCCUUAUGGUGCCUUGUCAAAUUUUUCUCCUCAUCCCAUUAAAAUGCCUGAUGAAAAUAGUGAAUAUGUGACUUGGUCGAGUGUGGAGCAUUACUAUCAGGCACACAAAUUUAUUGGGCUGGAUAAUCCUUCGGCAAAAGCUUGUGUUGAAAGAAUUAAAUCUGCAAAAAGUCCAGAAGAAGCUGCAAGAAUAGGAAGGUCAAUGCAAAGGAAGCAUCCUGAUCUGAUAAGGUCUGACUGGGACAACAUAAAGAUCGAUGUCAUGUACAGGGCACUGAAAUGCAAGUUCUUGAUGUACCCGCAUUUAAAUUCAAUGCUGCUUUCUACUGCUGGUUCUGUUCUAGUUGAGGCUUCACCGCAUGAUCUCUUUUGGGGUGGAGGACGAGAUGGAGAAGGCUUAAAUUAUCUUGGUCGACUGUUGAUGAAGUUGAGAUCAGAGUUUCUUGGGAAAUCUUCAUCAUCAAGUGAGACCUCUAGUUUAACUGUAUAGUAUUUUCAAAGAGAGAACAGAACACUAUUUUGUUGUAGAACUACAAAAACUGUUUCAUAUGCAACAUGUGUCGCAGAUAAAACCAUAUGUCACGAUCUUUUGGUUUUCUGAUCAAGCUUUUUUUAUUUGCUUAAGGGACUUUCAUUCAAGUAUUC